AUGUCAAGAAAGCCAUGUUGUGUCGGAGAAGGGCUGAAGAAAGGGGCAUGGACCACUGAGGAAGAUAAGAAACUCAUUUCUUACAUCCAUGAUCAUGGAGAAGGAGGAUGGCGCGACAUUCCCCAAAAAGCUGGGUUGAAAAGAUGUGGAAAGAGUUGUAGACUGAGAUGGACUAACUACCUUAAACCUGAGAUCAAAAGAGGCGAGUUUAGUUCAGAGGAGGAACAGAUUAUCAUCAUGCUUCAUGCUUCUCGUGGAAACAAGUGGUCGGUCAUAGCGAGACAUUUACCAAGAAGAACAGACAACGAGAUCAAGAACUAUUGGAACACACAUCUCAAAAAAAAAUUGAUCGACCAAGGUAUUGAUCCCUUGACUCACAAGCCACUAGCUCCUAACACCAACCCUACUGUCACCACGUCUCCUGAGAAUUUUCAUUCCCUAGAUGCACCUAGUUCCGACAAGCAAUACUCCAGGUCAAGCUCAAUGCCUUCCCUGUCUCGUCCUCCUUCCUCCAGUUUCAACACGCUUUCCAGCAAUGAUGGGACACCAGUUCAGGAGGACGGUUCCUUGAGUUGCAAGAAACGUUUUAAGAAAUCGAAUUCUACAUCAAGGCUUUUGAACAAAGUUGCGGCUAAGGCCACUUCCAUGAAAGAAGCUUUGUCUGCUUCCAUGGAAGGUACCUUGAGUGCUAAUACAAGCUUUCCUUGUGGCUUCUCUGAGCAGAUUCGCAAUGAAGAGGAUAGUUCUAAUAUAAAUACUCUCGCCGAGUUUGAUACCUUCCUCCAAUCAUCCUUAUACCCUGAGCAUGAGAUGAAUACUACUUCUGAUCUUAGUAUAGAUCAGGAUUAUGAUUUCUCACAUUUUCUUGAAAAUUUCGGGAGAGAUGAUGACCACAAUGAGGAGCACAACAUGAGUGUUGAGUAUGGUCAUGAUCUUCUUAUGUCCGAUGUGUCCCAAGAAGUCUCAUCAACUAGCGUUGACGAUCAAGACAAUACUAUUGAGGGUUGGUCAAAUUAUCUUCUUGACCAUGCUGAUUUUAUACAUGACAUGGAUUCUGAUUCCCUCGGAAAGCAUCUCAUAUGA